AUGCACCUCAACGGGCCGUACGUGCGAUGGCUACGAUCCGACUUUCAGACCUCCGCCACCAUCAACGCCCUCGCCUCCAGAGUCAUCGAGAAGUUCACCUCAGUCGAUAUCAAGUUGGAGCCUGACGCGGUCUCAUUCGCCACCAUUCGUCUCGAUACCAAAGAGGAGCGAGAUAGUUUCGAGUUCUUCAUGACACAUGCCGUCUCAAAUUUGCGCGGGUUCCUUGAUUCGCCGUUCUGGCAACGAGAACUGCUUCAAGCCGCUCAUCGUGAGCCCGCGAUUCAACAUUGCAUCAUCGCUUUGGGCGCUAUGUAUCGACGCUUUUCCGAAGGCUGCGACUCACGUCUAACCGAGACAGCCAUGCUGGAUAAUUACCUACAAUUCGCUUUGCGUCAGUCGAACCAAGCAAUUCAGGAUUUGUUGAAAAAGCCGAAGGGUAACGACAAAGUAGUCAAAUCAGAUAAGAUCACGCUCAUGACCUGCGCUAUCCUGUUCACCAGCAUGUGUUGUUUGCAGGGCUACCAAAGAGACGCAAUCGAACACGUACGCAGCGGCAUCCGGAUGUUGAACGAAGUGGACCAAGGGAAAGAAAAGUUUGAUCACCCAAUAGAACUGGAGUCUAUACGCACCAUCUUUGUGGGAUUCGAUACGCAGAUCAGGGCGAUAAUGCCAACGCACAUUUCACCAUCCUGGGUCGCGAAGCCCAAGACUAAACCACUGAGCAGCUCAACGAGCAUACUGAGCAUGUCUGCACUACAUGCGAUGUUGGGACACACACAGAGCCUACUAAACAGCAUCCACGCCUUCAACCAAAGAACAAAACUACGCCCCGCGGACGAAGUCGAAGAAGUAUACAUCGAAUACCUCGACCUCAUCUCCCGCUACCACCGCGGCAAACUCACCAUGGACAAUCUGUGGAAACAAGCCCCUGCCUACGGCGAACAAUACACCGAACCCCUCACGGCAUUGGAACUAACACAAGCACAAAUGGAAUUCCUCCUCCGCGCCCCACGAGCCGAUCUAAUCCAGAAAUUCCCCUGUCUAGGCGACUUCAAACCCGCGCGGAAACCUUUCGUCGAACCCUUUGACAUGGCCGCACAAUUCGUCCUCAUCUUCGAACUUGCUGCUAAACUCCUCCCUCUUUCAGGCGCGCAGACACCUAUCUUUCAAACACCUGUUGGUCCCACAUCCGCACUCUGGGCCAUCGCUGUGCGCGCACCGUCUUCGUGUCAAGCACUGCGCAAGCGCGCUGUAAAGCUCAUGUUGAGCCAUCCCCGACGGGAAGGGUUCUGGGAUGGCAUGCUGGCGGGGCAGAUUGCGGAAGAGGCGUUGAGGUUAGAACAAGAACGUGCGCGAGCGGAGAUGGGUAUCGAGGAAGAUGAGAUAUGUGCGGAGCUGGAGGUGCCGGAGCAUUUGCGCAUUAUUGCGUUCUAUUUGACGCAUCCGAAAGAUAGUGAUCGGACGGUCAAGGUUGAGUUCUCGGAUGCGAGGGAUUUGGCGAUUGGGAUUCCGGGGUCGGUUAAGUGGAUUACUUGGUGA